AGGGAGCGCGAGCAAGAUUCUCGAGCGGAACUGGAGGCUGUUGCUCGAGUCAUAGGAAAAUGGCGACCGCCGGUAUUGCAGACCCGGGCUUCUCUGCCCCCCCAGGGUCCAGUCGGAAAACAGCUUCACCAGAGGGUCCAGGUUCAUCUCAGAGUAUGAAGAAGAUUAUCGGCCAUCGAGGGAUAGACCCCACUGGAGAGACCACUUACAAAAAGACGACCUCUUCUGCCCUGAAAGGGGCCAUUCAGCUUGGUAUUACCCACACUGUUGGAAGCCUGAGCCAGAAAGCUGAGAGAGAUGUUCUUAUGCAGGACUUCUAUGUGGUAGAAAGCAUCUUUUUCCCUAGCGAGGGCAGUAAUCUAACGCCUGCACAUCACCAUGGUGACUUCCGGUUUAAGACUUACGCACCGAUUGCCUUUCGUUACUUCAGAGAACUCUUUGGCAUCCGACCUGAUGACUACCUGUACUCUCUGUGUAAUGAUCCUCUAAUAGAACUGUCGAAUCCUGGUGCGAGUGGCUCGAUCUUCUACGUCUCCAGCGAUGAUGAAUUUAUUAUUAAAACAGUCCAACACAAAGAAGCUGAGUUCUUACAAAAACUACUGCCAGGUUAUUUCAUGAACCUAAACCAAAACAAACGGACACUGCUGCCCAAGUUUUAUGGACUAUACUGUGUGCAGUCCGGGGGGAAGAACAUACGCAUUGUGGUGAUGAACAACCUUCUGCCAUGUUCUGUACCAAUGCACUUCAAAUUUGACUUAAAAGGCUCCACUUACAAACGCCGUGCUUCUCCCAAAGAGCGGGAGAAAAAUGUUCCCACCUACAAAGACCUUGACUUCAUCCAGGACAUGCCUGAAGGAAUUCAACUUGAGCCAGACAACUACAAUGCUCUCAGUAAGACUAUCCAGCGAGACUGCCUGCUGUUGCAGAGCUUUAAGAUUAUGGACUACAGUUUGCUGGUUGGAAUCCACAAUGUGGACCAGGCAAACCGUGAGCGUCUUGGUGUAGGGGAAAGCUGCAGGCCGGUGGAGGGGACAGUCACACCUGACCAGAAGAGGCCUCAAGCCCAGAAAGCUUUGUACAGUACAGCUAUGGAGUCCAUCCAGGGAGAGGCACGUGGGAAGGGCACAGUGGACAGCGAGGACCAGUGGGGGGGUAUCCCAGCUCGGAACAGUAAAGGAGACAGACUACUGGUUUACAUGGGCAUCAUUGACAUUUUGCAGUCAUACAGAUUCAUCAAGAAGAUCGAGCAUUCCUGGAAAGCACUUGUUCAUGAUGGGGACACUGUGUCUGUUCACCGACCAAGUUUCUAUGCAGAGCGAUUCCAGCGCUUUAUGUGCAACACAGUAUUUAGGAAAACAUUGAAGUCAUCACCAUCAAAAAAGAGUCGUGGAGGUUGUCCGAGUGUUGCUAGGAGGCUGCCCAUGGGCACUGCUUUCCCCAGUGCCCAGUCCAGCAGCCACAUGUUUCUUGAUUCUCGACUCAUGUAUCGUUCACACUUUACCAACACUGACACAGAUGCUGAAAUUGGUAUGCAGUCCGACAGACCUGACCUUCUCCCGAGCAUGCCUUCUGGAACCUCUACUGAAUUUGCAGAACCUGAUAUGCCUAAUCCCUCAGUGCCCCCAAUCAGGUCAGUAGGGGUAGAAGUGCACAAAUCUGAAAGCACAGAACCUGAUAACACUUUUCUCAGUUUGGAAGCUGAAGUUGCUGAUGAGCAGGGUAAUGAAGAUUCCAUUUCUCUCAAAGACAUCAUCCCAGAGACCAACAUUUGUUUUUAAGACCAUCUGAAAACAUGAUUUAAAGGCCGAAGAAAAUCGGAAAAUGCAUAUGAAGUAUAUCCUCAAAUCAACUGAAUAAGAAGCGGUCUCUCCCUGUGGGAAGGAGUGGAAGGAAAUUCCUAGCCUUUGGAGUGUCACCCCAGUGGGUAUGGGCAGGAGAGCAUGAGCAAUUAGACUCUCUUCUCUUUCUCCAACCCAGGGUAUGCUGCUAUAACUCCACCUGCUGACUACAUGAUUCCUUCCUGUGCUUCAGAGUCAUCUCCGGGCUCACACUGCACAUUUGUUCUUUUUCAUUCAAACACUCGGUUUUGUUGCUCGUGCAUACAUUUACUGAGAAAGAAGACUGGUGAAGUUAUUUAUUCUAUAUAUAUUUUGUCCUCAACCUUGCUCUAUUUUUGCAGCAGUUAUUAUAAGACUUUGUGAACAAAUUAUAUUGUAUUUCAUACUGGGUGUUAACACACUUUUUGUGUCAGACAGUAUUAGUUCAAUAUUCUGAUGACUUAUUUUAAAAUGAUCUUCAGAUCUGCCGAAACACAUCAUUUAAAAACAUGCUGGAGCAAACCAAGCUGCAUGACAUUGUUCACCAAUUAGUUACUCUUGGCUUGUUGUGAAUGGAGUGAUCUCCAAGCCGUUGUAAGCUUAAUCUUUGACUUCAAAAUUCAAUCCAAAAGGGGUUUGUUUUUUGUUUGUUUUGUUUAAAACACCUAAAAUGAAGAAGCAAGUAUUGUGCUUGUCUGUUUUGGAAGUCUCUUAAUCUGUUUCCUUAUAUUUGUGUGCCAAUCCCAUUUUCUGUGAACUUUUUGUUCAACUUUUUGGCUUCUAUUUUCUUUUUUUCAUUCAAGAUUUUGUAAGCUUUUUUUUUAUUUGGUCAAUCUUGAGUGUUUCCACCCUUUUAAAUGGACCAAUCAACCGUGUAGAUUCAUAAGUGGAUAUAAGGCUUGCUUAUUUUUAUGCUAGUGGCCUUUAAUCCAUUAUGUACUGUAUUUCUGUAUAUAUUUGUGUAAAUAAUCACUUGUGUUUGCAUAACUAAUAUAAAGACUAAUAUGCUUUUAUGAAGCAGUAUGUAUUCUGAACUAACAAAGUAACAUGUUUAAGUUCUUGGCAUGCCUUAUGUCUGCUUCACUAACUGCACUCUUAUAAGAGCCUGCUAAUUUCUGCUGGAUACAGAAAUUACCUACAUUCGGUACAUUACUGAUGCAAGUGGUCAUUUCAUUGUGCCUAAUCUUAUUUUUGCCACAUUUCUUUACCUCAUUUAAAAGUUUCAGCUUUGCAUUUAUUGUGCUUUGCGCUCUUCUCCCUGCAUUACAUUAUAACAAGCCUUUUCUGGAAACACUUAUUUAACAUAUCUAUGUUGUCCAGUUAUAUACAUUUUUGUAAGGUGAGCGUUAUUUUGCACAAAAGGUGUGAAGUUGCUUUUGUGUGGUUUUUUUUUUUUUUUUUUUUUUUUUUUUUUUUUUUUUUAUUAUUAUUUUAUUUAUUUAUUUUUUCCCCUUUGGUUUUGGGUAGCAACUCAAACUUGGUGUAUAUGUUAAACUAUAUGUAAUGUUCUGUUCAAACUAAAGGCAGUGUCCAUCCACCAUGAACAUAUUUUAUCAUGUGCUUUUUCAUAGCAGAUAUUUUGAACGAGUGCAGUGUGGGACCAAAUGUUUUGAAAGAUUUCUGUGCAGAGUUGAGCUGCUUUGCAAGAUGCUAAGCGGCUGAAGGCACACGAGUUAUGUUUGGAUGUGCACUAACAGGGUUAGACUUGAUUUUUACUUAUGGAUAAUGGCGUUAAACUGAUUUGGUCACAUAGACAUUUAGUCUUUUCUAGAGUAAUUGUUGUGCUCUUAAAGAUCAUUAAGGGGGAAAUCUACAGCAACCAACCUGCUGCUUCAUCCAAUUCUUUCAAAUACACCAAGUUGGUAAAGGCGCAAUUUGGGUCGCAUAACACUACUGCUGUUUCUGGCGUUUUGUCUCACAGAUAACUCAUCUCCUGCAUUGUUUCAUCUUUUCAUUUUCAUGCCUAUUAAACUCCCAUCCGCAUAAAAAGUGCAUUCUACAUGUAGAUGAGCCAAGCUCGUUCUUCAAUAGUAAGUACAAUAGUCACUUUUUAAGACAGUCUUGUGUCAUGGACAUCUUUUUAAAAAUGAAUUUUAACAAAUUUUGUAAGCAGGUUUUAUCUUAAAUUUAAUAUGAAUAUUAUUUUACAGCAGUAAUGUACAACUAAUGGUGAAUAGCAUUCAUUUCAUCACAGUUCGUUGGGGCUCAGGAUGGUUAGAGUUUGGGCCAACAAGGAGCUAGAUGUCUAUAAGGAUUCUAUCUGAAUCCAGUAAUCCUGUACUUUAUGUUGUAAAAUACUGAGUGAGCUGCACUAAACUGUGCAUUAAAUGGAGAGAAGAAUAUUUGUUAUUGCCAAAUAAGGUUUUAAAAUGGUAUUUGUAUCUAGGAGGAUACAAUUCGAAAAUCAAUAUUUGUACAAAAUUUGUGAAAGUGGAUACAGUUGGCUUCUUUGUUCAUGAUGUCCCUGACAUUUUCUUCUGAAAUAGCUGUGGUUUAUUUUGUCUCUGGUUCUUGUGUUGUUUUUGUUUGGUUUUUCAACCCCAUUCUGAAAUUUUAUUGAGAAUACCCAGUAUUCUGAUUCUAGUAAAGUAACAUGACUUUUAAAAGGACAACAUUCUGUGACAAAACAAGAUGUACUAAAGUGGUCAAAGCACUUUAUUGCUGUGAUUUUUUUAUCUUUAACUGCAUUGUAUUUUCAUCAGCGUGCAGUGGAAUGCCUUACUUCUAUUUCAACCAAUGAGUCUGCUUCAAUUUGUUAGUAUUUUUGUGAUAUUGAUUUGCUUACAUUUCUGUAGACCUGAACUCCAGUGCCCUGAUUAAGGCAGGAUUACCUCGUCAUAUGACGGGUGCCUGUAGACUCCCGUGUCUCUGUUUAAAUUUGUGUUGCUCUUGAGUCUUUUUUGCAGUAUUUGAAUUUUACUGACAGAGACUUGUGGUGAAACUGAUUAAUGCACAACAGACACAUUAGUCUUGCACAAUUCACACAGGAUACUAUGCUGGCAAUGAAGACACUACCAUAUGAACUAUUGCAAUAUUACAUUUCUGCCAGCUUAUCUUUGGGUAAUUAUUUAUUAGGAAAACGUUUUUGUAUCUUGUAUGAUUGUAUGAAACCUAAUAUUCUGUGUACCAUAGAGAAAAGUUUGAAUGCUGUAAAGCACAAAAAAAAAAAAAAAAAGAAAACUGUUUUUUUUUAACGAAUUGCAUUUCUGGCCAAGGUUUUAGUCUCCCAUUGUACACUGUAUUUGUUGUGUUUAAGGUGUUCUGUAUUGCAAUUUUUUUGUAAAAAACAAAACAUGAAUGUCUGGUGGUUUCACGAGGAGAAUAAUUGCAUAUAUUUUUACUCCGCUUGUGUAUAUUGUGUAUAUGUAUUGUAUAUAAGCUGCACGAAAACACCCCCACCCAUUCCCUUAUGUUAAUCACCUGCCUAUUCUGCCAAUUGAAUGUGGAGGAGGGUUUUUUGUUUUGUUUUCAUAUUGUCAUUUACAUUUUCAAAUAGGCUAAUAAAUUUGUAAACUUU